GAUAUCAUAACGACGACGAAAUUGGAGAAGAAAGUAAUGAAAUUUCAUCUGAAAGUUCAAGGGAUCAACCCCUUUCAAACAAACCACAGAAGAAUCUUCCCAUCAAACAAAAAAGUCUUGCAUGGAAACAUUAUACAAAAUAUAAUGACAUAUCAGCAAAAUGCUCUUUUUGUGAUAAAAUUAUAAAACAUAGCGGAAAUACAACAAACUUAAUGCAACAUAUUUCACGAAAGCAUAAAAUAUUAAUAUCACAAGCAAAGAAAAGAAAAUGUGAUUCUGACAAUGAGUCUUUUAAAGAAGGUUCUGCAUCGACCGCUGAAACUCUUCAAGUUUUUAAAAGAAACAAACGCCAGGGCGAAUUACGAAUUGAUGAUGCUUUCAGCAGAAUAAGAUCAUUUGGAGAGGGCGGACAGACUGCAGAUAGAAUAACAUUGUCACUCAUGUAUAUGAUUGCUGUUGAUAAGCUUCCUCUCUCCACAGUAGAGGCGAAGGGAUUCAAAACACUCAUGAAAACUAUAGUUCCUUUAUAUAACAUUCCAAGUAGAAAAACUAUUACUAAUUUAAUGGAAUCAAGACAUCAAACAAUGAAAGAACAAUUUCGAGAGAAAAUUCAAAAAGUAUCAUCAUAUACUUUAACAUGUGACAAUUGGUCUGACGUUUCCAAUCAGAGUUACCUUGGUGUCACAAUUCAUUACCUGGAAGCUGAUUGUGAGAUGAAAAAUGGUUGUUUGGGAGUUUUACCAUUAGACAGAAAUCAUACCAGUGAUUACUUACAUGAUUCUUUAUUAAAAGUUAUGGAAGAUUUCCACAUAGAUUUAAACAAAGUCAUGGCUGUUAUUAGUGAUAGUGCAGCAAAUAUUAAAAGUGCGGUUACUAAAUUAGUUGGAAAUAGUAAACAAUUAGCUUGCUUUGCGCACAUUCUAUCUCAUUUGGUGCCGAACGCACUACAGUCCAACCAGUCUGCCAUACAAAUUAUAACUAAGGUAAAAAAGAUUGUGAGCCUCACCAGGCACAGUAUUGUCGCAUCAGAUGAAUUGAAAAGAUUGCAGAAACGUGAUGGAAAAACUGAUGGAACGAUAUUGAAGUUUAUUCAAGAUGUUGAAACACGAUGGAAUACAACUUACUACAUGUUAGAACGUUUUUUGGCAUUAGAAGAUUAUGUUUAUCCAGUAAUGCUGAAAUGUGCUAAUAUGCCAGAUAUGCUCACAAGGAUUGAAAUUCUUGUUUUAAAGGAUUUAGUAGCAUUGAUGGAACCUGUUGCAAGUGUAAUUACCGAGAUAAGCGGGGAAAACUAUCCCACUUGUAGCGUCAUAAUUCCAAUUAUCCACUGCAUGACAGCAGCUGUUACUAAUUGCGUGACUACAACAGAAAUUGGCAACGAGUUUCAGGAGAAAUUGCUCAAUCAGUUCAACAAAAAAUUUCAAUAUCUGGAAUCGACUCGAAUUCUUGCAAUCUCAACAAUUUUAGAUCCUCGCUUCAAAAGGCUACAUUUCAAAAGUGCUUUAGCAGCUUCCCAAGCAAUUCAAGACAUUGACAAUCAGUUAAAAAAGAUCUCCAACCGUCCACGUGAAAAUGUGGAAAAAGAAAACAAUCAAGAUGCUAAUAACGCAAAUAGUCCAACUUCAAAUUUGUGGCAUUUUCAUGAUAAUCUUGUAUUAAAAAAUAGAGAGAUAAAUAAUACAGAUGAAAGUUGGAAUUUAGAAUUAAAACAAUAUUUGCAUCAACCAGUAAUUAAACGUUCAGAGAAUGUUUUUAAAUAUUGGAAAUCAUUUAAGCAUGCAUUUCCAAUACUGUCCAAAUUAGCAUUGCAGUAUUUGAGUGUUAUUUCAACUUCAGUACCAUGCGAACGUUUAUUUUCACAUGCAGGAAAUGUGAAAACUGAUAAUCGCAGCCGUCUUACUGUUUCAGCAUCAACCUACAAGUGCACCGCAUUUCGGAAAACUGAAACCUGAGAAAUUAUUUUAUCAGAGGGAGA